AUGUUCCGGACGCAUCAUUGUUUACUGCCGUUAACCCUCCCCCACCGCUCCGCUAACCCCGGGUCCCUCUGCCAGAAAGCGGCCCAGGAAAAGCCUCUCAUAGCCGGACCGCACAGGCAUCCAGCACCGGGAGGCGGCUGGGGGACCGACCGAACCGGGACCGCGGAGAAGCAAGCGGAAAACUCCGGGAUUAGGGGAACACAAACAGCACUUCGUCCCUUUUGGCUGGUACUCCUGUGGCUGGUCCACCUGUGGCUGACCGGUCCCUGGCAGGUCCUUCUGUGUCUGACCAGUCCCUGGCAGGUCCUCCUCUGUCCCUGCAGCCCUUCAGACAUGGCCUUCCACAGCGGUGCCCCUCGCCAGCCUCUGGACAUGUUUCCUGGUUCAGACCUGGGCUCAAAGUUCUUCUGUGUGAACUCGUCGUGUGCCGCUCCCUCCUCCGCGCUCAGCUCCAGUCUGACCGGCUCCACGGCUCAGGCCCCGACCCCCAGACACCCCACCGCUUUGGGGGUAGGCGGGGGAGGAGCCGCAGUGCCUCAGCCCUAUACCAACGCUGCCAGUGAGGUCCCCAGUCCCGCUGAGAUGGAGCCCGACCGGCCCAUCGGCUACGGGGCCUUCGGCGUCGUCUGGUCGGUGACGGACCCUCGUGACGGUCGGAAAGUGGCUCUAAAGAAGAUGCCAAACGUCUUUCAGAACCUGGUGUCCUGUAAACGAGUGUUCAGAGAGCUGCGCAUGCUGUGCUUCUUCAAACACGACAAUGUCCUCUCUGCCCUGGACAUUCUGCAGCCGCCUCAGAUCGACUGUUUUGAAGAAAUGUAUCCUUCACUUCACAAGGUGGGAAGACAGGAGACAGGCGGGAGGAGGUGGAGACAGGCGGGAGGAGGUGGAGACAGGCGGGAGGAGGUGGAGACAGGCGGGAGGAGGUGGAGACAGGCAGGAGGAGGUGGAAGGAAGAGACGGGAGGGCGGAGGUGCCUCAAACAGUGCAGAGUCUAUGGGGAGGUCUCUGAUUGUACCGAACCCCAGUGUAGAGGCCUUCAUCUGGGUUUCCUGGACCCAGUUUCAGGAUUCCUCUGGUCUCCUCAGUUCUCCUCAGGGUUGGUCUCUGUGCUCCUCCUCAGUUCUCCUCAGGGUUGGUCUCUGUGCUCCUCCUCAGUUCUCCUCAGGGUUGGUCACUGCUCCUCCUCAGUUCUCCUCAGGUUGGUCUCUGUGCUCCUCCUCAGUUCUCCUCAGUUCUCCUCAGGGUUGGUCACUGCUCCUCAUCAGUUCUCCUCAGGGUUGGUCUCUGUGCUCCUCCUCUCUCAGGUUCUCCUCAGGGUUGGUCUCUGUGCUCCUCCUCAGUUCUCCUCAGUUCUCUCGGUUGGUCUCUGUGCUCCUCCUCAGUUCUCCUCAGGGUUGGUCUCUGUGUUCCUCCUCAGUUCUCCUCAGGGUUGGUCUCUGUGCUCCUCCUCAGUUCUCCUCAGCGUUGGUCUCUGUGCUCCUCCUCAGUUCUCCUCAGGGUUGGUCACUGCUCCUCCUCAGUUCUCCUCAGUGUUGGUCUCUGUGCUCCUCCUCAGUUCUCCUCAGGGUUGGUCUCUGUGCUCCUCCUCAGUUCUCCUCAGGGUUGGUCUCUGUGCUCCUCCUCAGUUCUCCUCAGGGUUGGUCUCUGUGCUCCUCCUCAGUUCUCCUCAGGGUUGGUCUCUGUGCUCCUCCUCAGUUCUCCUCAGGGUUUGGUCUCUGUGCUCCUCCUCAGUUCUCCUCAGGGUUGGUCUCUGUGCUCCUCCUCAGUUCUCCUCAGGGUUGGUCUCUGUGCUCCUCCUCAGUUCUCCUCAGGGUUGGUCUCUGUGCUCCUCCUCAGUUCUCCCAGGGUUUGGUCUCUGUGCUCCUCCUCAGUUCUCCUCAGGGUUGGUCUCUGUGCUCCUCCUCAGUUCUCCUCAGGGUUGGUCUCUGUGCUCCUCCUCAGUUCUCCUCAGGGUUGGUCUCUGUGCUCCUCCUCAGUUCUCCUCAGGGUUGGUCUCUGUGCUCCUCCUCAGUUCUCCUCAGGGUUGGUCUCUGUGCUCCUCCUCAGUUCUCCUCAGGGUUGGUCUCUGUGCUCCUCAGUUUCUCCUCAGUGCUCCUCCUCAGGGUUGGUCUCUGUGCUCCUCCUCAGUUCUCCUCAGGGUUGGUCUCUGUGCUCCUCCUCAGUUCUCCUCAGGGUUGGUCUCUGUGCUCCUCCUCAGUUCUCCUCAGGGUUGGUCUCUGUGCUCCUCCUCAGUUCUCCUCAGGGUUGGUCUCUGUGCUCCUCCUCAGUCUCCUCAGGUUGGUCUCUGUGCCUCCUCAGUUCUCCUCAGGGUUGGUCUCUGUGCUCCUCCUCAGUUCUCCUCAGGGUUGGUCUCUGUGCUCCUCCUCAGUUCUCCUCAGGGUUGGUCUCUGUGCUCCUCCUCAGUUCUCCUCAGGGUUGGUCUCUGUGCUCCUCCUCAGUUCUCCUCAGGGUUGGUCUCUGUGCUCCUCCUCAGUUCUCCUCAGGGUUGGUCUCUGUGCUCCUCCUCAGUUCUCCUCAGGGUUGGUCUCUGUGCUCCUCCUCAGUUCUCCUCAGGGUUUGGUCUCUGUGCUCCUCCUCAGUUCUCCUCAGGGUUGGUCUCUGUGCUCCUCCUCAGUUCUCCUCAGGGUUUGGUCUCUGUGCUCCUCCUCAGUUCUCCUCAGGGUUGGUCUCUGUGCUCCUCCUCAGUUCUCCUCAGUUUGGUCUCUGUGCUCCUCCUCAGUUCUCCUCAGGGUUGGUCUCUGUGCUCCUCCUCAGUUCUCCUCAGGGUUGGUCUCUGUGCUCCUCCUCAGUUCUCCUCAGGGUUGGUCUCUGUUCUCUCUGUGCUCCUCCUCAGUUCUCCUCAGGGUUGGUCUCUGUGCUCCUCAGGUGGUCUCUGUGCUCCUCCUCAGUUCUCCUCAGGGUUUGGUCUCUGUGCUCCUCCUCAGUUCUCCUCAGUGUUGGUCUCUGUGCUCCUCCUCAGUUCUCCUCAGUGUUGGUCUCUGUGCUCCUCCUCAGUUCUCCUCAGUGUUGGUCUCUGUGUUCCUCCUCAGUUCUCCUCAGGGUUGGUCUCUGUGCUCCUCCUCAGUUCUCCUCAGGGUUGGUCUCUGUGCUCCUCCUCAGUUCUCCUCAGGGUUGGUCUCUGUGCUCCUCCUCAGUUCUCCUCAGGGUUGGUCUCUGUGCUCCUCCUCAGUUCUCCUCAGGGUUGGUCUCUGUGUUCCUCCUCAGUUCUCCUCAGGGUUGGUCUCUGUGCUCCUCCUCAGUUCUCCUCAGCGUUGGUCUCUGUGCUCCUCCUCAUUUCUCCUCAGGUUGGUCUCUGUGUUCCUCCUCAGUUCUCCUCAGGGUUGGUCUCUGUGCUCCUCCUCAGUUCUCCUCAGGGUUGGUCUCUGUGCUCCUCCUCAGUUCUCCUCAGGGUUGGUCACUGCUCCUCCUCAGUUCUCCUCAGUGUUGGUCUCUGUGCUCCUCCUCAGUUCUCCUCAGGGUUGGUCUCUGUGCUCCUCCUCAGUUCUCCUCAGGGUUGGUCUCUGUGCUCCUCCUCAGUUCUCCUCAGGGUUGGUCUCUGUGCUCCUCCUCAGUUCUCCUCAGGGUUGGUCUCUGUGCUCCUCCUCAGUUCUCCUCAGGGUUUGGUCUCUGUGCUCCUCCUCAGUUCUCCUCAGGGUUGGUCUCUGUGCUCCUCCUCAGUUCUCCUCAGGGUUGGUCUCUGUGCUCCUCCUCAGUUCUCCCCAGGGUUUGGUCUCUGUGCUCGUCCUCAGUUCUCCUCAGGGUUGGUCUCUGUGCUCCUCCUCAGUUCUCCUCAGGGUUGGUCUCUGUGCUCCUCCUCAGUUCUCCUCAGGGUUGGUCUCUGUGCUCCUCCUCAGUUCUCCUCAGGGUUGGUCUCUGUGCUCCUCCUCAGUUCUCCUCAGGGUUGGUCUCUGUGCUCCUCCUCAGUUCUCCUCAGGGUUUGGUCUCUGUGCUCCUCCUCAGUUCUCCUCAGGGUUGGUCUCUGUGCUCCUCCUCAGUUCUCCUCAGGGUUGGUCUCUGUGCUCCUCCUCAGUCCUCCUCAGUUCUCCUCAGGGUUUGGUCUCUGUGCUCCUCCUCAGUUCUCCUCAGGGUUGGUCUCUGUGCUCCUCCUCAGUUCUCCUCAGGUUUGGUCUCUGUGCUCCUCCUCAGUUCUCCUCAGGGUUUGGUCUCUGUGCUCCUCCUCAGUUCUCCUCAGGGUUGGUCUCUGUGCUCCUCCUCAGUUCUCCUCAGGGUUGGUCUCUGUGCUCCUCCUCAGUUCUCCCCAGGGUUUGGUCUCUGUGCUCGUCCUCAGUUCUCCUCAGGGUUGGUCUCUGUGCUCCUCCUCAGUUCUCCUCAGGGUUGGUCUCUGUGCUCCUCCUCAGUUCUCCUCAGGGUUGGUCUCUGUGCUCCUCCUCAGUCCUCCUCAGUUCUCCUCAGGGUUGGUCUCUGUGCUCCUCCUCAGUUCUCCUCAGGGUUGGUCUCUGUGCUCCUCCUCAGUUCUCCUCAGGGUUUGGUCUCUGUGCUCCUCCUCAGUUCUCCUCAGGGUUGGUCUCUGUGCUCCUCCUCAGUUCUCCUCAGGGUUGGUCUCUGUGCUCCUCCUCAGUCCUCCUCAGUUCUCCUCAGGGUUUGGUCUCUGUGCUCCUCCUCAGUUCUCCUCAGGGUUGGUCUCUGUGCUCCUCCUCAGUUCUCCUCAGGGUUUGGUCUCUGUGCUCCUCCUCAGUUCUCCUCAGGGUUGGUCUCUGUGCUCCUCCUCAGUUCUCCUCAGGGUUGGUCUCUGUGCUCCUCCUCAGUUCUCCCCAGGGUUUGGUCUCUGUGCUCGUCCUCAGUUCUCCUCAGGGUUGGUCUCUGUGCUCCUCCUCAGUUCUCCUCAGGGUUGGUCUCUGUGCUCCUCCUCAGUUCUCCUCAGGGUUGGUCUCUGUGCUCCUCCUCAGUCCUCCUCAGUUCUCCUCAGGGUUGGUCUCUGUGCUCCUCCUCAGUUCUCCUCAGGGUUGGUCUCUGUGCUCCUCCUCAGUUCUCCUCAGGGUUUGGUCUCUGUGCUCCUCCUCAGUUCUCCUCAGGGUUGGUCUCUGUGCUCCUCCUCAGUUCUCCUCAGGGUUGGUCUCUGUGCUCCUCCUCAGUCCUCCUCAGUUCUCCUCAGGGUUGGUCUCUGUGCUCCUCCUCAGUUCUCCUCAGGGUUGGUCUCUGUGCUCCUCCUCAGUUCUCCUCAGGGUUUGGUCUCUGUGCUCCUCCUCAGUUCUCCUCAGGGUUGGUCUCUGUGCUCCUCCUCAGUUCUCCUCAGGGUUUGGUCUCUGUGCUCCUCCUCAGUUCUCCUCAGGGUUGGUCUCUGUGCUCCUCCUCAGUUCUCCUCAGGGUUGGUCUCUGUGCUCCUCCUCAGUCCUCCUCAGUUCUCCUCAGGGUUGGUCUCUGUGCUCCUCCUCAGUUCUCCUCAGGGUUGGUCUCUGUGCUCCUCCUCAGUUCUCCUCAGGGUUUGGUCUCUGUGCUCCUCCUCAGUUCUCCUCAGGGUUGGUCUCUGUGCUCCUCCUCAGUUCUCCUCAGGGUUGGUCUCUGUGCUCCUCCUCAGUCCUCCUCAGUUCUCCUCAGGGUUUGGUCUCUGUGCUCCUCCUCAGUUCUCCUCAGGGUUGGUCUCUGUGCUCCUCCUCAGUUCUCCUCAGGGUUUGGUCUCUGUGCUCCUCCUCAGUUCUCCUCAGGGUUGGUCUCUGUGCUCCUCCUCAGUUCUCCUCAGGGUUGGUCUCUGUGUUCCUCCUCAGUUCUCCUCAGGGUUGGUCUCUGUGCUCCUCCUCAGUUCUCCUCAGCGUUGGUCUCUGUGCUCCUCCUCAUUUCUCCUCAGGGUUGGUCUCUGUGUUCCUCCUCAGUUCUCCUCAGGGUUGGUCUCUGUGCUCCUCCUCAGUUCUCCUCAGGGUUGGUCUCUGUGCUCCUCCUCAGUUCUCCUCAGGGUUGGUCACUGCUCCUCCUCAGUUCUCCUCAGUGUUGGUCUCUGUGCUCCUCCUCAGUUCUCCUCAGGGUUGGUCUCUGUGCUCCUCCUCAGUUCUCCUCAGGGUUGGUCUCUGUGCUCCUCCUCAGUUCUCCUCAGUGUUUGUCUCUGUGCUCCUCCUCAGUUCUCCUCAGGGUUGGUCUCUGUGCUCCUCCUCAGUUCUCCUCAGGGUUUGGUCUCUGGUCUCCUCCUCAGUUCUCCUCAGGGUUGGUCUCUGUGCUCCUCCUCAGUUCUCCUCAGGGUUGGUCUCUGUGCUCCUCCUCAGUUCUCCCCAGGGUUUGGUCUCUGUGCUCGUCCUCAGUUCUCCUCAGGGUUGGUCUCUGUGCUCCUCCUCAGUUCUCCUCAGGGUUGGUCUCUGUGCUCCUCCUCAGUUCUCCUCAGGGUUGGUCUCUGUGCUCCUCCUCAGUUCUCCUCAGGGUUGGUCUCUGUGCUCCUCCUCAGUCCUCCUCAGUUCUCCUCAGGGUUGGCCUCUGUGCUCCUCCUCAGUUCUCCUCAGCGUUGGCCUUUGA